AAUUUACCCAAAAUGGCGUAAUUUCAACAGUUCUCCUAAAUAUGGUUUAACGGUGUCGCUGAUCUUCUUCCCCAUUGAAUUUUAGACUCCCAUUAUCCUUUUAAAUUUGUUUUUCUUUUCAGAUAUUUUCCCUAAAUUUUGUUUUAUAGGCUCCACUUCUCUGAAUUUUUUCCGAUCUAAUUCUUUUUUUUCUUCACCCGAAUCCGAUCCAGAUCGGAUUCAAAAAUAUGGCGGCAACGAGACGGUUACGCGGCCUCCAAUCGCAGCCAGGCAAUAGAACUUGCGUCGAUUGCAACCAAAAGAAUCCCCAAUGGGCUUCGGUCUCCUACGGUGUUUUCAUGUGCUUAGAAUGCUCCGGUAAACACCGAGGUUUAGGUGUCCACAUCUCAUUCGUCCGAUCCGUUACCAUGGAUUCAUGGUUCGACAUCCAGAUCAAGAAGAUGGAAUACGGUGGUAACGACAAGCUCAACGCCUUUUUGGCUCGGUACGGGAUCCCUAAAGAAACCGAUAUCGUUACCAAAUAUAACUCUUAUGCCGCCAGUAUUUAUCGUGAUCGUAUCCAAGCCCUUUCCGAGGGCCGCCCGUGGAAGGAUCCACCCAUUGUGAAAGUGACUCUCAACGGAGGUUGUGGCAGUAGAAAACCGCCGUUGAGCGGUGGUGGGAGCAGGGGCAGUAAUCAUAUUCAUACUAAUAAUGAAGGGUGGGACAAUUGGGAUAAUGACGAUUCUUUUAGAUCUUCGAAUGAUAUCAGAAGGAAUCAAUCGGCGACUGAUUUUAGAGAAGAGAAUAAUAAUGGUGGGGAAGCAGGAGGUUCUCCCAUGAGGUCGAGGUCCACAAAGGAUAUAUACACGAGAUCCGAGCUGAAGGCUUCGGCAGCGAACAAGGAGAGCUUUUUUGCAAGGAAGAUGGCGGAGAAUGAAUCUAGGCCUGAAGAUCUACCACCUUCCCAAGGAGGGAAAUACAUUGGGUUUGGAUCCAGUCCUAUGCCUACCCAGAGGAAUAAUGAUCCUCAGGGUGAUGUGCUCUCUGUUGUUUCUCAGGGUAUUGGGAUGCUAUCCUUAGUAGCAGCAUUGGCUGCCCAAUCUGCUGCAAGUGUUGUCCAAGCAGGAACGAUGGAGUUAAGCACCAAGGUUAAGGAGGGUGGCUAUGAUACCAAGGUUAACCAAACCGUCAGCGUCGUCACCGCAAAGACGUCGGAGAUCGGCCAGAGAACAUGGGGGAUCAUGAGAGGAGUCAUGUUAUUAGCUACACAUAAAGUUGAGGAGAACGCGAAAGACGGCAUGAACUGGAACAACAAUAACUUGCAGCAAAUCGAAAGCGAGAAAAAUGGAUAUCAUCAGGACUGUAACCAGGGGAAUAGAGGAUGUAAUUCUACUUCUAGUGGACAAUCAUCCUCUGUUGGGAAUUAUAGUUCUUGGGAUGACUGGGACAAUAUGAAGGAAGGUACCACAAAGGAGACUACUUAUAGCAACGAUGGUUGGACUGGCUGGGAUGAUGGAUUUGAUAAUUUCUAUAAUGGUGCAUCUGAUAAAGGAGCUGUUGAUCACAACGGAAAAUCGGAUGACGCCACCGGGUCGGGUGUACGCUUUCGGUAAGUUGCCUCAUUUUCAGCUGCUUCUUUCGGUCGUUGAAUCACUAGGAUAGAUGGGAAGAUGCUUCGAUCUCCGGAAGUUAGAAUACUUCCGAUAGCUCCCAGUUCCUCACUCUGUGUAUGGUUUCCUGUUGUUUCCCUGCAAGAUGGGUGAUGUCCCUUUCCGACCAUGAGAAUAUCAUACUCCCUGCUCUGUCCAAUCCUUAGCACUUCUUCCAUGACAUUGCUGCUGGCCUUCACUUCGUAUUGGACAGAUGUAUCUGACCGUCUGAACUCCUCUAGUGCAAACUCAUCCAGUUCCUGCUAAAACCACAUCUCUUCAGCACUGUAAUGAAAGUGGUAGGCAAUUCAAAAUUCUUUUAACAGAAUUUUAUGUGUGUUUUACCUUCUCUCUUAUAUUUCCAUCCCUUUGGCCUUGGAGGAACCUCACUAGAGUCACCUGAACUAGUUGCUUUCCGGUCAUUCUCUGACCGAGCUGCAGAGCUUCACGAUCAUCCGGUCCACCAAUAAACAGAAUAACUACUCUUUUUAGCAUUGUUGUGGUGGGUUCUG